AUGGCAUCGGGAAAAACGAAAACCAUCCAUGAAAUCAACGAUCUGUCAUCCAUGUUUCAAGCCAUGACAGCGCUCGGAAUUUCAUGCGAAGGGCUGACGACGCUGGAACAAAUGAAAAGUCGGAUAAAAACAGAAUUAAAUCAGUCUUCAUACGUCCCUACUUGGGCUGCCAGUCAGGCCUUUUCUGUUCUGUCAGAAGCAAAUGAAGAAGAUACCAGGAAAAAGGUAACUCUUUUGACUUUUUACUCCCAAGCAGAAACGUGUCUUAGUCAUGUGGAUGACAAAGUGUUAAAUCUGGUUUCGAUGAAUAUGGGAGACGUGAACGAGGGAAUGAGAAACCACAGGCAGCGCAUGAAGCAGAGAGAACAUGUCAUUUUAGUGGCAGGUGAAACAGGUGCAGGAAAGAGUAGUCUGGUGAACCUCAUUCUUGGCGAAGAACUUCUUCCUUACUCCUUACUAAAACGCAGAGUUGUGGUCCACUUUAAGGACAAAGACCCUGAAACGGGAUUUUCGACGAAAACCUUUACCCUCGUAGAGCCCCCACAAGGAGCAACUGAACAAAGCUAUCUUCAGCAGAUCUCUCCUUAUGUCCAUUUGAAGAGCAACCGCGAAAAAGGUUCAAUUUAUAAGAAGGUCCAACUCUAUUGGCCUCACCAACUUUUGGAGAAUCGUAUCGUCAUCAUUGACAGUCCUGGUGUCGGCGAAUCUGAUAUCAUGGACGAAAUAGUCACGGAGUAUUUGCCGAGAGCCUUUGCCUUUAUCUACGUUCUCAACAGUGCAAACGCUGGCGGAGUUCAGAAAGACAGACUGGAGAAGUUGUUAACAAAAGUUGCUGGAAAACGGAAAGAGGGGCAAGAGGAGUUCCCACCCAAGUGUGCGUUAUUCGUUUGUAAUAAGUGGGACCAAGUUCCAAAAGAAGAAGUGAAAGAGGUUAAGAGCCACGUUAUCAAAAAAUUGAAGAAAUGCUGGCCUGGUCUUGAUCCAGAGUCGCAAAUCGUCUAUAUGUCAACUAUAAUGGCCGAUACUGCUCAAAGACAUGGAAUCAUCACCGAAGAUUUUUCCUCUCUGAUGAAUGGGGUGAAGGCUAUGGUAUCCAGAACCAUAGAGGCAAGACUUGAAAUUCAUUGGAAGUGGUUAGACGAUCUGCUUACCCGAAUAACUUACCAUGCGACCGCUUAUGUGAAGAACGCUACAAGAGACCGAGUGAAAAGCGAAGCAUUGAUGACAUUUGUUCUUUUCCGGUUACUGCUGAUAGAGCGACAACAGAAUGAAGUGAUGGAAGAUCUUCGCAAUCAUUUAAAAGAUCGCACCGACACAGCUGUACAGAGGCUCUCUGAUUAUCUCCGGUCCGAUAGUGUAAAAUCAUGUUUCACCUCGUGGACAUUGGAUGAUGUUCCGAAAGCAGAAAGCUCCUGGAAAGUGACGAAGAACAGCAUCACUAGAGUGUUGGAAAGGCGCCUUCGAAAUAUCAUAGAGAACUGGGAAGAGGACAACCACGUG